AUGGAGUUGAUUAGCACUCGUCCGAAGAAACGCCGAUGCGUUAAAGAGCGCGUCCGUGUCACCAGGGCGUGCGACGCUUGCAAAAGAAAGAAGCUACGCUGCUCGGGCACUCUUCCGUGCUCCUUGUGUCAGCGUUCUAGUCAGGAAUGCGAAUAUACGACAAGUUAUACAAGAGGGAGGCUGCCACCAAUCCCGACGCUCCAAAAACCUACGGGCAAUGACAAUGUCGCGGAACACCAUAUACAACAGAAAUCGGCCCCCAAUAUAGAUCGGAUGCCUGCAUCACCGGACACAGAGGUGAUAGAAGGCCAUUCAUCGUCUCGAGUCGAUGGAGACGCCAGUAACCUGCCAUCGCGAGACUCCCCGGAGCCGCAUCAAACUGACAUGGAGGGUCAUUAUGUCGGGCCAUCCUCAGGCGUCUCAUUCUUACUUCGUAUCCAAAAGAGACUCCAUGAGAGUAUCUCAUUUCCGUUGAAUACACCCAUUUUCAGUUUUGGCGAUGCUCCUUUACCAAAAUCGGACCCUUCCUUCCUACUUCUCCCCAGCAAGAAUGAGGCUAAAGAGUUAGUCCAUAGAUACUUUGACUUUGCAUUUCCCACGCAUCGGUUCCUCCACCAGCAGCAGGUGGAAUCCUGGCUUGAAGAAUUUUACAACUGUCUCCGGGUGCCUCACUCUCUUGGCCCUGGGGAUCGGGAGAUCAGGGCAUUGCUCCUCAUGGUUUUCGCACAAGCAUCACAAUAUCAGCCAGAGUCCAGUAGUAACUUGGAAGAUUCACACAUGAGGUCUGUUACCAGCCCAUACGGCUCUGAUCCCUCUUCUUUAUGCAACAGUGCGGUCUACUUUGGUGCGUCAGAGCACCAUCUAGCAGCGGAGACUGGACCCGUUCGUGUCACCAGUGUGCAGGCACGUCUGGCUCAAUGCUUCUAUCUUCUGUCGCAGUCUCGGAUUAAUCACUGUUGGAGCCUCUUCGGUACGACAGCUCGUCUCGCUAUCGCCAUCGGUCUACAUCGGAAACGUCGACGGGAGCAUCCGAAUACAGUCAACCUUAUCGAACAGGAGUGCUCGAAGAGAGUUUUUUGGUGUGCAUAUAGCUUGGACAAUUAUCUCAGUGCGGCUUUGGGCCGUCCCCGCAUUUUCCAUGAUGAUGAUAUUGACCAAGAAUACCCUGAGGUUGCCGAAGAUAGGCAGAUAACGCUGACCUCCAUCCUUCCGCCAACCUCUAGCUGUCAAAGUAUCAUGUUGGCCCCUGUCUACCACGCAAAGCUAUCCAAAAUUAUCAGCGGCGUGCUACAUGACUUAUACGGCAUUCAGCGGUCAAGCCUGACGGUCCAAGCCUCAGCUGCAGCGAAAUACGGUGCUGAAAUGGCACGAUGGCGAAAGGAGUUGACUGGGUUCCUCGACCUUCCCAAUGUGAACAUCAUGAAGGUUACCUAUCAGCGACAAUACACUGUCUUGAAUCUCGCUUUUUAUCACGCACAGAUCUUGCUGUAUCGCCCGUUUCUGUUAAAGGGCUUCACACUCCUCACCAAAGAGCCUAGCAGACGGAACGAUAAGCUACAGGGAACGAUUGACCAGAAUAUUAAAUCUUGCUUGGAAGCGGCCAUGAAGGUUGUUUCCAUUGUCCGUGAUCUAUCCACAGCCGGAAGGAUGUACCGAGCUUUCUGGGUGUUGCAGUUCACCCAUUAUUAUGCAUUCUCUGCCGUCGUCGUACUCUAUGUCCAUUACAUCCGGAGUCGCUCUCGCCAAAGCACAACUGAUGCGGACCUUGCGUACUAUAUGGCUGGAAAGCAGGGGCAAGAUGACCUGGCAUCAUGCGGAUCCCAGUCUUCUUUCUCCCAGCGCUACGUUAUGGUCUUGGAGGAGCUUCGCAAGGAGGCACACAAGGCCACAAUCCGCGGAAAUCAGGAAUCAAUCGAUCAGCCACCCACAAAUAGGCCUGGUCCGGGCGGCACUGAGAAUGCAACAUCAAGGCUCGAAGAGCUUGAUCAGCUAAGGAACAUCGCUGGCUCUCAAGAUGCUGAAGCAUACCCGGCAGCAAGCGAAAGGCUUGAUGACAUUCUCGGCUCAGCGCAAGUAUCCUAUCGUGGGGUACAGCCUGUGGGUUCAUUUCAAUUUCCGGCAGGACCGCAAGAGUCCGAAGUGGGAUCUCUACAAGGCAUCAGCCCCGAGUCUUAUAUCGCUGAUCUGGCCAGCUGGGGUGAAUUUGACUCUCUCGCUGCGACUGGUUUGGGAGACUUUGGAGUUUUCUUCCCUCGCUAUGGAAUUCUCAGUAUCGCAAGCUUUAUUCCUAGCAGAAACGUUCCGCGUCAGCGGAUCAGAAUUCAAAUCGCAUCUUCUCCUUGCAAUACACGUUGCUCCAAUUCCCAACCAAAGAUGUCUACCGGACAGGUAUCUGCCCUCUUGGCACCCGUCGUCGCCCUCAAUAUCUGGACCUUCGUCAUGGAGGCCUGGAUGUACAAGACACGGAUCCCAAUAUACUCCAAGAUGAAUAUGAAAAAUACCAUCACGAAGCGCGAACUCGAUGCGAUGACGCCGGCUAGUGUCCGAUGGAAGGCAGACAAUUACAACCAUCUCAUGGAACAGCCAACCCAGUUUUACGCGAUAGCCCUCGUAUUGGCACUGGCCGGCCAGGAUGACAAGACGAACAUUCUCCUGGCAUGGUCCUAUGUGGCCAUUCGUGUUGCGCACAGCCUGGUGCACUCUACGAGCAACCAUAUCAUGAGCCGGUUUUCCAUCUUCGUGGUUUCUUCGGUGAUCUUGGCGGUUAUGACUGGGCGGGCUGCGUUGCUUGUUUUCUGA